CCUGUGUCAUAUAGAUUAAUAGAUUUGAUUAAACAUGUGCAUUUAGUAGCGUUGCCGACUGACAAUGUAUCCUCAGUGGAAGGGACUGUUGAUACUGCUGACGGUGUUCGUCUACGGCUCUCUGGCCCAGGACGUCAUCAAGGUCGGGUUCAUCACCACCAUUGACAGCCCCGAACCCAACAAAGCCGAGGGGAGGAGGAUUGCUGGUGCCAUGGCCCAUGCCGUGAACACCGUCAACAACGACCCCGACAUCCUCCCCAACCACACUCUUGAGUACGUCUUCGCCGACAACAAAGAUAAUGAGUUCGUCAGCAUCAAUGAACUGACCGAACAAUGGCGGAAUGGAGCGAUCGCUUUCUUUGGACCGGAAGACUUUUGUGAAACCGAGGCUAAGGUGGCAGCGUCAUGGAAUCUUCCGGUUAUAUCCUAUAAAUGCGACGACGCAGUUGUGUCGGACAAGAAGGAGUUCCCCACGUUUGCGAGGACGCAGCCCCCUAGCUCGCAUUCUGCUACUCAGGUGAUGGCGCUCAUGCGUUACUACGGCUGGAGCAAGUUCUCCAUCGUUGUGGAGAAGAUUGACCUCAUGGUGCGGGCUGCCGAGAACCUCAAGUACCUUGCUGAGUUCAACAACAUGACCGUCAACGACCUCGUCAACUUCACCGGCCCCUACAGCAGCAACAACAACAUGCAGGAAAUCAACGCAAUAGUCAUGAGGACGUAUCUGAGGACACGGGUGUACGUGCUGUACUCCCGCAUCCCCGCCUUCAUCGACUUCGUCCGCUUCCUCAACCGCCUCGGACUCACGGACACCGGCGAAUACGUUGUCAUCGGCAUCAGGGACGACGAAACUUACAACACCGACACCAACAUCGACUUCAUAUUUAAAGAAACAGAGUACGAGUCUGAGAGAAGUGUUGAUUCUGUUAUGGCGUUCAAGCCGGUCCUCCAGCUUCAGUCUCGUUCCCCCACCAACCCCGACUACAAACAGUGGCGGGACAAGGUCCGGAGCCUCCUGUACCAACCUCCCAUCAGCCUCCCCCCGCCGCCGCCACUACACGUGCUGCUUGACAUCAAGGUCAAGGUCACCAUUUUCGCUGCCUACCUGUAUGACGCUGUCCUGGUGUACGCACGUGCUAUACACGAACUGCUCAACGAAGGGGGUGAUCCGAAAAAUGGGACUGCUGUGUUUGAAAAGAUCCGGAACAGGACUUACGAAAGUAUAGAGGGUCAUCAGAUUUACAUUGACGAGAAGGGGGAUGCCGAGGCCAACUACACCGUCCUGGCGUUACGGAGGGACAACAACACCUUCGGCUACGACCUGAAACCCGUGGGCUGGUUCUUCAGAGACUCGUCCAAUAAAUACAUCGAGUUUGUUGAGGACCUCCCCGUCUACAACACCGGAUCAGUCCCCCUUGAUGAGCCACUGUGCGGGUACGGUGGAGAAAGGUGCAAACCUAUAGAUAAUUAUGUCGGAUUUAUUGUCGGCGGAUGUUUGGGAAGUCUGACACUGAUUGCCGCCAUCAUCCUGCUCGUCGUAUACAGGAACUGGCGUUAUGAGCAGGAGUUGGCGAGUCUCAUCUGGAAGAUAGACCUGAAGGACAUUCAGCAGCAACCGGGGGCGGCUCUCUCCGUCCUCUCCUUCGUCAGCAACACCGUGGGUCUACAGAAGAGUCAGAAAAGUCUAAGCUUCGUGCAGGAUCGCAGUGAGCAGAAGUUUACCAAGGCUGGCGUCUACAGAGGCACGUUGGUCGCCAUGAAGCUGGUGAAGAAGCGACAGCCAGACCUCACAAGGGACGUCAAAUUGGAGCUCAAGCAGAUGAGAGACCUGCGUCACGACAACAUCGUGCAGUUCAUUGGCGCAUGCGUGGAACCCAGUGAGGUCUACGUCAUCACGGAGUAUUGUCCUAAAGGAAGUCUGGAGGACAUUCUGGAGAACGACGACGUCAAACUCGACACCAUGUUCAUUGCCUCCAUCGUCGCCGACAUACUCAAGGGCAUGGUAUACGUACACCAGAGUGACGUGGGGAGCCAUGGUGACCUCAAGUCCUCCAACUGCCUUGUGGACAGUCGGUGGGUGGUCAAGAUCAGCGACUUUGGCCUGAACAAGUUCAAGAGUGGACAGGAGAUACCGUAUCAUGGCGAGCAUGCUCUAUAUAAACGUAAUCUGUGGAUGGCUCCUGAACUCCUUCGUCUGUCUAAACCCCUCCGAGGGGGGACACAAAAAGGGGACGUCUAUUCCUUUGGUAUAGUCCUGUACGAGAUCCUGCUCCGGUCCGGCCCAUGGGAGUGUCAUCUCACGCCAAAAGAGAUUGUGGCAAAGGUUAAAGUUGGCACUGACGAAUCUGGCAUCUACUUCCGUCCUAACCUGGCCCGCAUUACAUGGGACAGUUACGUCAUCGACGUCAUCAAAGACUGCUGGGACGAGGAUCCGGAACAGCGACCCGACUUUAAGACGGUCAGGAAGAUGCUCCGACCUAUGCAGAAAGGGAUGAAGUCCAACAUCUUCGACAACAUGAUGAUCAUCAUGGAGAGGUACGCCAAUAAUCUGGAAGCAGUAGUCGCGGAGAGGACGGUGGAGUUGGCGGAGGAGAAGAAGAAGACGGAUCUGUUGCUGUACAGGAUGUUGCCGAAGAGUGUAGCUGCCCAACUGGUCCGCGGACAACCUGUCAUACCUGAGGCCUUCGACCUCGUCACCAUCUACUUCAGCGACAUCUGCGGCUUCACAGCGUUGUCGGCUGAGAGCACACCUUUACAGGUGGUCGACCUCCUGAACGACCUGUAUACGUUGUUCGACUCCAUCAUCAAACACUACGACGUGUACAAGGUGGAGACUAUCGGAGACGCCUACAUGGUGGUCAGUGGACUGCCCAACAGGAACGGGGACAACCACGCAGGAGAGAUCGCCUCUAUGUCCCUCCAUUUGCUGACCGCAAUCAAACAGUUCAAGAUGAGGCACAAACCGGAUCAUAUUCUCAAACUCAGGAUAGGACUUCACAGUGGUCCAUGUGUCGCCGGUGUCGUGGGGCUGACCAUGCCGAGGUACUGCCUGUUUGGAGACACGGUCAACACGUCGUCCAGGAUGGAAUCUAACGGUGAAGCCCUGAAGGUCCACGUGAGUCCAACUACCCGGGGGAUAUUGCAGAAGCUAGGCGGUUACUACUUGGAGGAACGGGGGCUUAUCGCCAUGAAGGGUAAAGGCGAGAUGAGAACAUACUGGCUGCACGGCGAAGACAAGAAGGUUCGGGAAAAGCGAACCCGGAAUUCGGAUGACAGUGGUGUUCACCUAGAUGCCCCGGACACCUCCGACAGCCAGACCACCCCUCAGCCAGCCGAGAGCAUUGCUGCUUUCAAUACCAAGUCCUUCAACCCCUGUCUCAGACCGUCUCUCAUAUUCGAGAAGAAGAAACCCCAGUUCCCAACCCCUACCAACCUCCCAGGACAGGUGGACGGAGGGAUGAGAAGCGAGCCUUCAGCGAAAGCCGAGGCGACCACUUCCGGUCGCAAUCACCUCAUAACUGUCUCAGAAUAUGAUCCAUAUUUCGACCAAGCGGAAAUCAAACCUGUUAACAAGCUUCUACCAAUUUUGAGGACGAACGGUUCUAAUUCCUCGAAAGAGUCUGGUAGUCUCAAAGCAAAUGGUUCCAAUAAUUCCAGGGUUUCGUACCUCCUGAAAACAAACGGUUCCUCCCAUUCGUCACGUGGUUCUUCGUCAGCGGACAUCGGGAGCUCAGACCGGAAAUGCACCGCAGUCCCCCUGGUUCAGAUCGACAUGGGAAGGUUUAAAGAGGAGGAGUCCUUGGAUUCAAGCACGAAUGGGGACACAAACUCCUCCGGGUCAAGGCAGCCGAACACGGUCAAAUUUUCAGAUGACGCAAUUCUUUGAUAAAAUUCUAUUUUAAUGUUUGGUUAUUUUUAAAUCAUGCGUGCAGGACUUUGUUGGCAGAGGUUGAGGCUGCUACGACAAAGAACUUAAACUUGAUUCUAUGUUCAACACAUUCUUGGAUUUUGUCUGUGGUUGUCUGCACGUUGAAUGACAACAUAACGUCACAGAAGACUUUCAUGGAUGUACAGUAGAUGAAUUCGAUGCUUUCUAUUUGUAUUGGGGCCACAGUAUGACUUGAACUGAUGACCUGAGAUUACACUGUGCCUGUCAGGCUUAGAAACUGACGUUAACUCCUCAACAAAAACACGAGGUCAUACUGGAACUUCACGGAUGUACGGAGGUUAUACUGUAUUUGUCUCAGAUGAAAUGAGGUCUUACUGUUUGUGUCACGGAUGAACUGAGCUCGGCCUGAACUUGUCACGAAUGAAAUAGAACGCUUGCACUUGUCAUGGAUACAAUGAGGACAUACGGCAUUUGUGAGCAGUGAACUGUGCUCAUACUGUGUCUGUCACGGCUGAACAGUAAUCAUGCUUUAUUAGUCACGGAUGAACUAAAGUCGUACUGCAUUUAUCACGGAUGAACUGAGCUCGUCCCGCAUUUGUCACGGAUUAAAUAUAAUCUUACUGCAUUUGUCACGGAUACUCUGUGGGCAUACUGCGUCUGUCACGGAUGAAGUAAAGUCGUACUGCGGUUGUCACGGAUUACAUAUAAUCUUACUGCAUUUGUCACGGAUACUCUGUGGGCAUACUGCGUCUGUCCCGGAUGAAGUAAAGUCGUACUGCGGUUGUCACGGAUUAACUGAGGUCAUAAUGCAUUUGUCACCGAUGAACUAAGUUCACACUGUGUUUGUCAAGAACGAACAGAUAUUAUAAAAUAUUUAAUAUUACGGAAGGUCUGAGAUUAUAGUGUAUUUGUCAGAAAUACGCUGUUUGUGCAAUGGAUUAAUGUUGGCCCCACUGCGUGACAGCAGUACUACUGUAUGACCGCGGACAACCAAUGCUUACGUUU